AGAAGCGAUCGCCUGACGCGAAAUCGAAGAGGUUGAGGAGAAUGGACAAGGUGGAGGAGGAGGUGGAGAAGGUGAAGGAGGAAUGGAACGACACCUACAACAAUGUCGUAGAUUUGAUCAAGGCCAUCGAGAACUACGGCAAGUCACCUGAUUCUGCUUCCGCUACGGAAAUGGAGACGACGGCGACGGCGAAGAAGGAGUCGCUGCCGAGAUUGAAGGGGCUCACACAAGACGGCUUGUCGUUGCUGAGUUCUCUCCAGUUCAAGCUCGAUCUCUUCGCUCCUCAGUUGCCGACCGACGAUCAGGUCCAGUCCGCCAAGGCCUUGCUCGAGUCAUGGAAAAACCGAUCCCACAGUUUGAGGUUGAGUAUGAGGAAUGCGAAUUUGAAAGCGAAUGAGAAUAUUAGGAAAGCUGCUCAGAAAGAGAGGGAACUUCUACUGGGAGGUGGAGGAGAGUCCACAGCUCGCAGGCGAAACUUGCAGACAAAGGCUGGCAUGACAUCCGCAGCGGAGAGCAUCACAGAGAGCCUUAGGCGGACUCGUCAACUUAUGGUUCAGGAGGUGGAAAGAAGCACAGGCACACUCAUGACUUUCGAGGAAUCUACUGGAGUACUAAGGAAAGCUGAGAGUGAAUAUAAAGGACACUGGAGUUUGUUUAUGCGCACUAGAAACCUGCUAUCCACAAUGCAACGCCAAGAUGUCAUUGACAGGGUGAUAAUUGCAGUGGGAUUUUUCCUGUUUACAUGUGCUGUUCUUUAUGUCGUAUCGAAGCGCAUUGGUAUACUGACGUUGCAGAGGAAGGUCACAGCUGCUUACAAGGCCGGAAUGGUUGGUAAAGAACUCCGGCCUGGAGCUGUUGGCAACGGUGCGAAUCAUCCCCCAGUCCAUGACAAUGCAGUUCAUAAAAUCGAGGACCCUUUAGAAAGAUUAAUGCAUGAUGAGCUAUGACAUCAUUAGAAAGAUUGUCUCUGUAAGUUACUUUUUCCAUGCAUUAUGCUUCCCAGUUCA